AGCAUGUGUAGGGCUCCGGGCCCCUGUACUCGCCGCCGCCGUCCGCGCCCCCGCGCCCCGCCGGCCCCGCGCGCGAGAUGAUGGACGGUCGCCUCCUGGAGCACCCGCAUGCCCAGUUCGGGGGCUCGCUGGGCGGCGUGGUGGGUUUCCCCUACCCGCUGGGCCACCACCACGUGUACGAGCUGGCCGGCCACCAGCUGCAGUCGGCCGCCGCCGCCGCUGCCGCGGCCUCGGUGCCCUUCUCCAUCGACGGCCUGCUCAGCGGCUCGUGCGCUGCGGCCGCCGCCUCGGUGGUCAACCCCACGCCGCUGUUGCCCGCCGCCUGCGGGGUGGCCGGAGAUAACCAGCCCUUCAAACUUGCAGACUCGGGGGAUCCAGACAAGGAGAGCCCGGGCUGCAAACGGAGACGCACCCGCACCAACUUCACGGGCUGGCAGCUGGAGGAGCUGGAGAAGGCGUUCAAUGAGAGCCACUACCCGGACGUGUUCAUGCGCGAGGCGCUGGCGCUACGCCUGGACCUGGUCGAGUCCCGAGUUCAGGUCUGGUUCCAAAACCGCCGGGCCAAGUGGAGGAAGAAGGAGAAUACCAAGAAGGGCCCUGGCCGGCCGGCGCACAACUCGCAUCCGACCACGUGCAGUGGGGAGCCCAUGGAUCCGGAGGAGAUCGCUCGAAAGGAACUGGAGAAGAUGGAGAAAAAGAAACGCAAGCACGAGAAAAAACUGCUCAAGAGUCAGAGCCGCCACCUGCACUCGCCCGGUGGCCUGUCCCUGCACAGCGCGCCCAGCUCUGACAGCGACAGCGGCGGCGGAGGUCUGUCCCCAGAGCCACCCGAGCCGCCGCCGCCUGCCGCUGCGGCCAAAGGCCCUGGAGCUCAUGGCUCCGGUGUUGCGGGUUCUGCUCCGGUACCUCCUGGCGAGCCACCCGCGCCUGGCACCUGCGACCCCGCCUUCUAUCCGAGCCAAAGAAGCGGCGCCGGCCCGCAGUCGCGACUAGGGCGCCCUGCGGACAAGGACACGGUCCCAUGCGGGCCCGGAGCGGCAGCGACCGCGGGUCUGCCCAAGGCUAGCCCAUUCAGCGUGGAGAGCUUGCUGUCCGACUCUCCACCGCGUCGCAAAGCCACCCCAGCCAACGCCGCGGCUACCGCGGGGCUGGACUUCACGCCGGGGCUGCCGUGCGCACCUCGGACCCUGAUCGGCAAGGGCCACUUCUUGCUCUACCCCAUCACGCAGCCACUUGGCUUCCUGGUGCCACAGACCGCGCUCAAGGGUGGAGCGGACCCUGAGUUAGCGCCCAAGGACGCGCCUCCCGCGCCGCCAGCGCCGCCCGCACCACCAGCGCAGGCCAGCUUUGGGGCCUUCCCCGGACCCGGCAGCGCUGCCGACCCGACCUACGCCCGUCGCAGCCCUGAGGUUGUUGCCUCCCCGGGGCCACCAGCUCCCGCGCCUUUCCGGGACCUAGCAACGGCGGCAGCCGAGAGCGGUGCUGGGGACUGCGCGGACGCGGGGACCGUCUGCCCCGCGGCCCCGCCGCCCCCGCCCCUCGAAACAUCGCCAGGCCCGCAUCCCAGAGCCCCCAGCCCAGCUGGGGAGCCAGCCACCCGCAGCGCCACUGAGCCUGGCGCUGCGACAGGACCCAGCGUGCCCGAAGGCGAGGAGGUGGACAUGGACUGAGCUAGGUACCGCGGCCUGAAGAGGCGCCUAGCCGGUCGGCGCCUGCUCGCUCAGCCCUGGACUCCCAAUGAAUCAGGUGAUUGGCUCUUAGAGACACUGCUUUUCCUCCUGCUUUUUGUUUUAUUCAUUUUAUUAUUAUUUUUAAAGAUAAACGAAAACGCUGUGUCGAUGGGGACCAGGGCAGCAACUGCAGGUCCUGGGGUGAGGUCCCCUCCUCUGGAGGGAGCAAAAGACCCCCGUAUCCCCUAACCCACAAAAAACCCACAACGAGAAUCCUCAGCCUUGUAAAAUGCAAAAAUGUCUAAGAAUAUUUAUAUAUGUACCAUUUUUUAUAAAUAAAGCCGGUCAAACGCAAA